CCGAGGGAAGCGGCGGUGGAGAAAUUGUUUUGUAGUGUUCUCGGUACUCUUCUGAAUUUACUUUGCUGUUUUUGGUCAGCCAGCGACGUGCAAACCAGCUCCCAUUUGCAGGAAGGUUUCCUCUGUUCGUGCUCUCGUUAAUCAUGUCGGUGGUGCCUCCCAGUCGCUCCUCCACCGGGUGGCCGCGCGGCGGGGCCGUCCAGUUUGGGAACAAAUACAUGAGCGGGCCUGCCAAGCCCCUCACCCUGGAGAGGACCAUCAACCUAUACCCUCUUACCAACUACACAUUUGGCACCAAGGAGCCUCUGUAUGAGAAGGACAGCUCGGUGGCAGCACGGUUCCAGAGGAUGCGGGAGGAGUUUGACAAGAUGGGAAUGAGGAGAACGGUGGAGGGAGUACUCAUUGUCCAUGAACACAGGCUGCCUCAUGUCUUACUGCUGCAACUGGGAACAACUUUCUUCAAACUGCCCGGCGGAGAAUUGAGUCCUGGAGAAGAUGAAGUGGAGGGUCUGAAACGCCUGAUGACUGAGAUCCUCGGACGGCAGGAUGGGGUGAAGCAGGACUGGGUGAUUGACGACUGCAUAGGCAACUGGUGGCGCCCCAACUUUGAGCCUCCACAGGUAUACCCCUAUAUUCCCGCUCACAUUACCAAACCCAAGGAGCAUAAGAAGCUCUUCCUGGUUCAGUUGCAGGAAAAAGCACUGUUUGCCGUCCCCAAGAACUAUAAACUGGUGGCAGCACCGUUGUUUGAACUAUAUGACAACGCUCCUGGAUAUGGACCCAUCAUUUCCAGUCUACCACAGUUAUUGAGCAGGUUCAACUUCAUCUACAACUAACCAGAGUGAGUUGAAGGUGCAUCUGGCUGUCUCUGUGAGUGCAGCCCCGUCUGAGUGAAGCUCAAAGGCGAGAGACUUCUCAUCGCUGGAAAUCUCACAUAAGAAAAACUUGUCGUGUCCACAGGGGUGUUUGUUUAUACUGUUGUUAGAAGAACAUGAAAAUGUAACGUGUCUUUCUUUUUUUAUCUUAAAAACAAAUAGUUUUUGUAGUAUGCAAGUACAAAUUCCAGUGUCUCAAGAAUCUGAUUUUAUGGCCUCUCCAGAAGAGGAACGUGUUUGAUUAAACAAACUGCAACGUUGAGUUUCUUGUUUUAACCUGUAACAAUGCUGUGUUUUUUUUUCCUUUUUAAUAAAAAAGUAAUUUGAAUAUGUUUUAUACAGUUUAGAGAGCAAGUG